CCUAGUCACCGGCUCCGAGCGCCCUCUGGUGUCUGCGCAUGCUCUCUGUCCCCGACUGCAAAGUCCUCCAAAGGGACCUUCUAGGCUGCGCGCCGGUUACCCCGGCUAGGGUCGGUCAGUCCGCAGCGUCUCGUUGGUGCAGCCAGCGACCUCCGACCCCGCAGGCGCGGGGCGGGACGGGGCUGGGAGGCCUUAGCUGCGGGCGGGCGGCGGCUGCUGCAGCGGGACCCGGGAGCGGGGCCCGGCGCCGCCUGGGCCGCGGGGCGAUGUGAGCCCCAGGUGUAACCCCCAGGGAUCCAGGUGACGUCUCUGAAGACACUCUGCCAUGACACCCCACCAAGGACAAGGGGAAUAAAUUGGGAACCCUUUCCCAUGCCCCUCCCAUGGUCAGCUCCCCAAUGGCCUGGGUGAGGGCCGAUAGGCUGCUCUGACACCAUGGGGAGCUGCUGUAGCUGCCUGCACAGAGACAGCGUGCCACACAACCACCCUACCAAGUUCAAGGUGACAAAUGUGGAUGAUGAAGGAGUGGAGCUGGGCACGGGGGUGAUGGAGCUGACCCAGAGCGAGCUGGUGCUGCACCUGCAUCAGAGGGAAGCUGUCCGCUGGCCCUACCUCUGCCUGCGGCGCUAUGGCUACGACUCCAAUCUCUUCUCCUUUGAAAGUGGCCGCCGCUGUCAGACGGGCCAGGGGAUCUUUGCAUUCAAGUGCUCGAGGGCCGAGGCCAUCUUCAACCUGCUUCAGGAUCUCAUGCAGUGUAACAGCAUCAAUGUGAUGGAGGAGCCUGUCGUCAUCACACGGAGCAGCCACCCUGCAGAGCCCGCUGGCUACAUGGUCUCCGGCUUCUCCAAUGGCUGCCCUGGAGAGGGCCCACGGUUCUCCUCUGCUCCUCGCCGACCCUCCACAAGCAGUCUGCGACACCCCUCACCUGGGGAAGAGUCCACCCACACCCUCAUUGCCUCUGAUGAGCAGUCUCACACCUAUGUCAACACACCAACCGUGGAAGAGGACAGCAGGAAUCGCCACUGCCUGCAGCCACUGCCUGAGGGCAGGCUACCCUUCCCAGCACAGACACAGGUUUCCGACCAGCAGGACCCACAGGUGUUACUGCAGCCGGGGCAGGUCAAGUUCGUGUUGGGCCCCACCCCUGCUCGCCGGCAGGUGGUGAAGUGCCAGAGCCUCUGCCCCAGCACGCAGGACCCUCCCCAUCACAACAACAACAACGAGGGCCCUUCCGAGUGCCCGGCCCAGCCCAAAUGCACCUAUGAGAAUGUCAGCGGGGGGCUGCAGCAAGGGACUGGCUGGAGACUGAGCCCAGAAGAGCGAGGGUGGAGUGGCCUGGCCCACCGCCGGGCUGCCUUGCUGCACUAUGAGAACCUGCCCCCACUUCCUCCUGUGUGGGAGGGCCUAGGCCAGCAGCUGGGAGGGGAGGCUGGGGAUGAUGGGGACUCCAGAGAUGGGCUUACCCCAUCCUCAAAUGGCUUCCCUGAUGGGGAGGAGGAUGAGACCCCGCUGCAGAAACCCACCAGCACCCGGGCCUCCGCCCGUAGUCACAGCAGCUUCCCUGUCCCCCUGACCCGCCGUCGAGGCUCCCCACGGGUCUUCAACUUUGAUUUCCGCCGGCAGGGCCCCGAGCCCCCAAGGCAGCUCAACUACAUCCAGGUGGAGCUCAAGGGCUGGGGCACAGCCCAUCCCAAGGGGCCCCAGAACCCCUCAGUGUCUGGAGCUCCUGGCCCCACCCCACACCCCAGUCGCAGCUCAGACUCCUAUGCCGUGAUUGACCUCAAGAAAACAGUGGCCAUGUCCAACCUGCAGAGGGCUGUGCCCCGAGAUGACGGCACUGUCAGGAAGACUCGACACAACAGCACCGACCUGCCUCUGUAGACCUGGGCCUCCACCUGCCCCUGCCUACAGCGGGGGACUCCACCUCACCCACCAGCCCGGGACUUACAGCUGCUUUGCAGAAGACACCUCCCUGCAUUGCCUGGGUCCCUACAGAUGUCAGCCACGGAGUGUCCAGUUCCCCAAGCUGGGAGAGGAGAGGAUGAGCCGGAGAGGGAGCCUGGCGUAAACUGUGAAGGGUUCUCAAGGUUGCAUUUCGCACCCUUCCCUAGUGUCCGUCUGUCUGGUCUGUCAGCUGUCCAUGUGUUUGUGCUUUCAGUUUUCUUUUCCUCUCUUUUUUUUUGUUGGAGUUUUGAGACAUUUUGUACCUGUUGAUUUUAUUUA